AUGAUAGAUUUUUAUAAUUAAACUAUUACAGGAAAAAAUUCAUAAUAAAUUAUAAAUGAACCUACUUGGACAAGAAUGGAUAUAUUUUUAGAUUGGGAAAAUAAAUAAGUGACUAUUUACUAAAAUAAAACUUCAAGAGCAGUUACUGGAUUUUAUUAUUCGGAUGUUGAUAAUGUUGAUUUUAUUAAAAUUUAUAAUCUAAAACCAAAUACUGUAGGGUAUUUUAAAGAUAUUUAACUAUGUGAUACUGAAUCAUGUGAUGGUUAUAUAUUUAUUUAAAUGAUUAUCGGUUGA